UAGAUGAGUAAGGCAGUGAAUGAAAGUGAAUAUGAAACGACUAGUGAACUUUGCUCUGCUACUCCUACUGCUUUUCUCGAGCGGAGGAUUGUCUGAGAAUAUUGAUGCCGAUGAUGGCGACAACCAGAUAGAUCGUUUCUGUUAUCCCGAAUCGAAAAAGAACACACGUACUUCCUGCGAAUGCAAUAAUGUGAGUGCCUCACCAUGGGGCAUGCGAGCCCUGCAUAUCGAUUGCAGUUAUAAAUAUUAUAAAACCGACGAUUUAAACGCACAAUUGCCGCUCUAUAUUGACACUUUGGACUUGUCGUGGAAUAAUUUAAAUGGCUCUCCACCCAUAUUCAUAAGCGAUAGUCUCCAUCAAUUGAAUCUAAUGCACAAUAAUAUCAGCCAAUUGAUUAACAAUAAUUUCGCCAAAUUGAACUGUCUACGUGAAUUGUAUUUGGGCUGGAAUAGCAUUAGCCAAGUGGGCGAGAAGGCCUUUUCGGAUUUACCGCAUUUGCAAACCCUCGAUUUGGCCCACAAUAAUUUGUUCGCCCUGCCCGGACAAUUAUUCAUGCCAUUGCUGGUGCUGAACAGUUUGGAUUUGUCAUGGAACCGGAAACUGAAUCAGACGACAACAAGUUCAUUGGAUUUGUAUGGCCAAUUGGGCAUUAACUCCAAACUAUCGAUACUCCGUUUGGAUGCCUGCAAUUUGAGUGAACUGUAUUUGCCGGAGAAGGUCCCCUUGAAAGAGCUCUCACUGCGUCGUAAUCUGUUUGAGCGUGUGCCCAAGCAACUGCCAUCGAGCCUUGUACAAUUUGAUAUCAGUGAUAAUUUGUUGGAGCAACUGUUACCCGAGGAUACGGCCAAUUUGACACAAGUGCGACAGCUCUAUGUGGAGGAUAUGCCCCGCCUACAAAGCAUUGCAGCCCAUGCCCUUGUACCCAUAGAGCUACUGGAAACUGUGAGUUUCCAAAAUAGUCGUAAACUCUCCCACCUGGAUAGCUAUGCCUUUGGCAUCAAUCCCGGCAAGGUGCCUACAAAUCUCAAGACUCUGAUAUUUCGUGGCACUCUUUUGCGUGGUUUUAAUAGCACUUUCUUGCCACUUUUUCAACAACUUACCGAACUGGAUCUCAACGGUGUCCCGCUACACUGUGACUGCGAAUUAGCCUGGCUAAAAGAUCUGAAAAUCGAAACCAACGGACGUUGCUAUAAACCAUCCAAAAUACGCGGUCUUCUUGUCUCGUCAGCGAAACGAAAUUCCUUCAGUUGCGAUACUUGGCCAAGGUGGGCUUAUGGCUUGAUCGUCCUCUGUCUGAUUGCUCUCUGUGCUGCUGGUGUAUACUUGCUUGUGAUGGGUCUGCGACCACAUCGAGCUGUAACCAUGAGAAGGAAAGUGGGCAGUGGCAGUCCCUACGCCAGAGUCACCAUAGAGCCCAAUAGGCAGGAGAAUUUCCAUCAUUAGUAAAGUCCACAAGCCUUUAGAGUUAAAGUCUGUAAGCAAAGUUUUACCUAAAAUAAGUAAAAAAUAAAUAAAAAUAACUUUACAAACCA